AGAACAUGAAGUAGAUUACCGACGACGAAACCCUCUCAAAUUAUUGAUAAAAAUAAUUCAUUCUGCUGUGGAUGAAAUUCGUUGGGUGGUGAGAUUGGGCGAAGAAUCAUCAAGUCACUGAAGAUGGGAGAGAGAGUGGAGUUCUUCUUCUUCUUCUUCUUCUAGGUUUCUUUUUUUUUCCAGAUUUGAAACCGAAACAGACAACAAUGUUGUGUCGGAGAUUGGUAAUUGAGCCUCGUAGUAUCCCUCUGAGUAGUGUUGGAGGUACUCUUACAACUCCUUUCCUUGGAAGAGCCUUUUCUGGAGGUGUCAGCAGCACCAGCAGUGAUAGGAAGAUGUCUUCUCGUUACAAAGAGAGAUUGAGAGGUGGUCUCGUCAAUAUCAAGAAAGAUGAUGCUGUUGCUCUGUUUCAGUCCAUGAUUAUGUCUCGUCCUCUUCCUACGGUCAUUGAUUUCAGUAGAUUGUUUAGUGGUAUUGCUAAAACAAAACAGUAUGAUCUCGUGUUGGAUCUCUGCAAGCAGAUGGAAUCUAGUGGGGCUGCACAUAACAUCUACACUCUCAACAUUAUGAUCAAUUGCUUCUGCCGUCGCCGGAAACUUGGUUUUGCUUUUUCUGCUAUGGGAAAGAUGUUGAAACUUGGAUAUGAGCCUACCACAAUCACAUUCUCUACUUUGAUUAAUGGUUUAUGUCUCAAGGGUCUAGUUUCCCACGCUGUGGAGUUAGUUGAUCGUAUGGUUGAAAUGAAGGUUGUUCCAAAUCUCAUCAUACUUAACACUCUUGUCAAUGGUCUUUGUCUCCAAGGUAGAGUGUCUGAAGCAAUGUCUUUGAUAGAUCGAAUGAUGGAUAACGGAUGUCACCCCGAUCAGUUUACCUAUGGUCCGGUUUUGAACAGAAUGUGUAAGUCAGGUAACACUGCCUCGGCCUUGGAUCUGCUCAGAAAGAUCAAGCCUCACGUAGUCACAUACAGCAUGGUUAUCGAUAGUCUUUGCAAAGAUGGGAGGCUCGAAGAUGCACUCAGCCUUUUCAACGAAAUGGACACCAAAGGAAUCAAAGCAGAUGUCAUAACCUACAACUCUCUCAUAGGAGGCUUCUGUAGUGUCGGUAGAUGGGAUGACGGAGCACAGUUGCUAAGGGAUAUGAUUACAAGGGAAAUCACCCCUAACGUUGUCACUUUCAAUGCGUUGAUUGAUUGUUUUGUUAAAGAGGGAAAGCUUAACGAGGCUAAGGAAUUGUACAAUGAGAUGAUCACAAGAGGCACUGAUCCUGAUAUCUUUACAUAUAAUUCUUUGGUAUAUGGAUUGUGCAUGGAGAAGCGCUUAGAUGAAGCCAACCAGAUGCUGGAUCUUAUGGUUAGCAAGGGAUGCGAUCCUGAUGUCGUGACUUAUAAUAUCCUUAUAAAUGGAUAUUGUAAGGCUAAACUGGCUGAUGAAGGUAUGGGACUCUUCCGCAAAAUGUCUCUUAGAGGAGUAGUUGUAAAUACAGUCACUUAUAACACUCUCAUCCAAGGCUUUUGUCAAUCGCGAAAACUUAGUGUCGCCAAGGAACUCUUCCAGGAGAUGGUUUCUCAAGGUGUUCAUCCUAAUAUUGUGACCUACAAAAUUUUGCUGGAUGGGUUGUGUGACAAUGGAGAAGUAGAAGAGGCUUUGGGAAUACUUGAUAAAAUGCACAAGAGUAAGACCGAACUUGAUAUUGGUAUCUAUAAUAUCAUCAUUCACGGGAUGUGCAAUGCAAAUAAGGUCGAUGAUGCUUGGGAUCUAUUCUGCAGCCUCCCUCUUAGAGGAGUGAAGCUUGAUGUCAAAACAUACAAUAUAAUGAUUGGGGGAUUAUGUAAGAAAGGCUCGCUGUCUGAAGCGGGUCUAUUGUUUAGGAUGAUGGGAGAGGAUGGGAUUGCGCCAGAUAGUGGUACGUACAACACUCUUAUCAGGACACAUCUCCGAGAUAGUGACUCAGAGACAUCAGCUAAACUUAUAGAAGAAAUGAAGAGUUGUGGGUUCUCAGCAGAUGCUUCCACGAUAAAGAUUGUUAUGGAUAUGUUAUCGGAUGGUAGAAUGAAGAAAAGCUUUCUGGAUACGCUUUCUUAGAAUGUUUGGACCUUAGUUUGCAAGAGACAAAGUUCUGGUUAGUGUGUUUUAUUAGUUGAGAGUUGAAACUACAUUUGUUUGUGUACACUGUGGGGAUGUGUGUCGUUGGUGUUUGGUGGGUUGUCUUACCAAAUUUACUUGAAAUGGAGGAAGCUGCAGAGAACGCAGAAGAAGAAAAGACUUGAUUGAAGCUGAGAAUGGGGGCGCAGCAGAAUCUAUAAUUCUUGUUUUUGGUUUGGGAAACGUUUUACUUUCACCAUAUAAGGUCUGAAACGUAGAGGGAAGAAAAACUUAGCAAAUGUAGUACUAAUGCGCUAGAAGAAACUUAUAUAUAUAUAA